AUAAAACAAUUAAUAAUUUCAUUAUUUUCUUGUUUUGAGAAAAUUGAAAGCAUUUAUUAUAAAUUAUUAAUUUUAUUAUAAGCUUUGUAAGCAUUAAACUCAUUACAUUAGAUAGUUAUUCAUUCCCACAAUAUUAUCAACGUAAAUUGGAAUACUAGUUUUGAUGGAUACAGGCCCCAUAAUUAAACUUCUGGAUGACUCUGAUUUUGAAUCUAAUGAUAAUGAACAGAAAUGGGAUAACUUGUUGAAGCGGUGUAUUAAUGCAUCGAAAUCUGAUUUGGAUGAAUUCCUUGUCAAACUUUCAAGUUCUCUUGAUAUAUACCUAUCAAAACUAAAAAUCUUUACAUCCUACCUCCGCAAAAAAUAUUUACAGGUCGCUCCUGUUAAGAAUGUCUUGUUUGCUAAAUUCAUCUCACUUUUAAUCACCAUUGUCAUCACGGAGAACCUGCACAAAUCCGACAUCUUUGGUUUCAGUGAACUACUUCACGAUUGUAUUGUACUUCUCUGGUGGGCUGGUAAUAAAGAUAAUAAUGAACCAAAUUCGGUCUUUAAAUUAAUUAAAUGUACUUUUGGUGCAAUCAUGGAUGCAAAAGUCCUGGAGGUUUUGAUUUCAGAGGUAUAUGGUUAUCGUUGUCUUAUGCGAAUACUGUUUGACUUCAACAUGAUUAAUCAGAUUGAUCAAAGAGAUCUGCUCAAGGCGGUGGAUUUAGUUGCUGUCUUUGUGGGAAAAUGUCCUGAACAUAAAAAUGACUUAUUAUUGUCAGAGGGCUAUACCGUAUAUAAGGCUUGCAGUGCACUAUUGGAAACCCUACCACCCAUGUUCAAAAUUAAUAAUGAUGAACAACAUUGGAACGGGAGGCGAGCUGAUGUGCCUUUAUCCAUUAAAGAUAAACAAAAUCUCGCAUUAUUAGGAAUGAAGAUGCCUCAAAAGACAUCAGAUUUACCUCACUUUUUGCGAGCUAUUGAGCAACGGAAAAUAGAUUCAUUCAAGGAUUUAAUGGGAUUCUUUCCAUGUACAAGUUGCCAUAAGCAGGCACUUAAUAAUAUUGCUCCCGAUAAAUACUUUUUUGAGUCAGCACCACCAAGGUGCUUUCGUCUUCCGUUUGAUUUUAAUGAUGAUGAUAAACUUGGGCCAUGGGAUAUCUUGCUUAGCAAAGAUACAAUCAAAGACUUGCAACAGUUGGAAUCAAGUCCUGAUUUAAUUAGGAAAAUUAUAAAGAAACUCGGGCAAAUAUCGUCUGGAGCGUGGAAUAAACAUGAAUUACGACGUAUAGCAGUGCGAACUAGUGAUAAAAUACAUGUCCAUAGUAUUAUUCCUAUUUACGAGAUAGUACUUCCAGAUAAUGGACCGAAGAUCCUCUGGCAGGUUGAUUAUGGAUUCUCUAUUCGUAGCAACUUAUUCACACAGCAAGUUAAGAUUUGGGCUGUUACCACUAAUAUAUACCGAAUCGAAAUGGUAUUAAAAAACCUCUCAAUAGUUCAUCAAGUUUAUACUCCAAAGCAGAGACGUUGGUGUACGGUCAAACAAAAAGAUGACAUGAUUUUACCAAUGAUUCUUGGGGAUGAAGAAGAUACAGAAGAAAGAUUAUGUAGCUCAAGAACGGAUGAGGAGUUGAUGAUGAUUCAUGAGAUGCUUGUUACUAAUAAGUUUUUUCCAUUAUCAACGUCACUCGUCUUUGGUGGUCUUAAAUUUACUUUCCAAGUAUCCAAGAAAGAGUAUGAAAUUAUUAAUUGUCCUACGUCAGCGAUCAUUAUUGGUCGAUCAGGGACUGGCAAGACUACAUGUAUUUUAUAUAGGCAGAUAGCUUCAUACUUAAAUAGCCAAGACCAUAACAGAAAUUUUUACAAAAGACAGAUAUUUAUUACAGUGAGUUUACCCUUUCGUCGCAAGGUGAAGAAAGAUUUUAACAUGAUGCUAGAAUCCGCGGUACAUGCUGGGAAAAUGAUGACUAUGGCGCAGUUUUACGAAUAUAGAAAAAAGAAAGAAAAAGAAAGUGCUUCCACUUCAGUAAUGCACGAAGAGAGAGAUGAUGAGAAGGAUUUAAAUAGAAUUCCAGACACAUUCAAUUAUUUACAGCUGACAGAUGAAUAUUUCCCUUUGUUUAUUACUUUCGAUAAGUUUUCUAAAAUGCUUCAGGGAACCUUCGGCAUUAACGAUCAUGAUCUAAUCGUACAAAAAAAAUUGGAUGCGGAUAGUAUUGAUCCAUGUAUUAAGAAUAAUAGCCAAAGACCUUCUUUAAAUAAAUCAGAUGAGGAUUACGAUAUCUUUAAAGCAAGGUAUUGGCCCUCCCUUAGUGAUUAUUGUAAGCGAAAAUUUGAGUGCGAGUUGGUUUAUUCUGAAUUUUCUAUUAUUAAGGGUACAAAUCCUGAAGUGGAUUUUCUAUCAAGAGAGGAAUACAGAGACAUCAGUAUCAAGAAAUACCCAGUAUUUUGCUACAAUCGGGAUCAGAUUUAUGAUUUAUUUCAGCAAUAUGAAAAGAUGAAGGUGCGAAAACGUGAUUAUGAUUCGAUGGAUCGAACGUUAGCUAUCUUUCGUUGUGCUAAAAAAAAAGCACUAAGUAGCCUAAAUAUUCAUGAAGUAUAUAUUGACGAAUGCCAAGAUAAUCACAUUGUAGAUUUAGCACUUAUCUUAAAGGUUUUUGACCGUGCUAAUAGUAUUUUUUUAGCCGGAGAUAUAGCGCAAUGUAUCUUUAAAGGAUCUGCUUUCCGAUUUCAAGAUUUAAGAGCCUUGAUGUAUCAGUGGGAGCUUACUCGGAACCAAACCAAACAUCAUGAUAGCAUUGUAAAACCGAAGCAAUUUGAUCUGAAUGUUAAUUACCGAUCUCAUAAUGGAAUCCUUCAACUUGCUGCUUCAGUUAUUGAUCUUAUUAAGCGGUUUUUCCCUGAUUCUAUUGACCAUGAUUUAUCACGUGAACGUGCAGAGAUCGGUGGUCCAAAGCCUAUUGUUGAUGGUGAAUUUAAUAAGAAUUCCUUCUCUACAGUUAAAUUCGGUCAUUCCCAGAUUAUUAUUGUACGUGAUGAAGAAGCCAAAUCACGUUUGAAGAAAUUAAUCGGUGAAGGUGCACUGGUGAUGACUGUGUAUGAUGCAAAGGGCAGGGAAUUUGACGUUGUGAUUCUAUAUAAUUUCUUUACCGAUUCGCUUGCACAUCGAAAGUGGCGAGUAAUUCUUUCUGCUUUAAAAGAAAUUUCUGAGGGUGUUCAGACCUUCUCUCACGAGAAACAUUACAUUCUUUCUUCAGAGCUCAAACAUCUUUAUGUUGCAGUAACCAGAGCUAAGCAGCUUCUCUUUAUAUGUGACGAAGAUACUGAGUAUAGUAUGCCAAUUCAAAAGUACUGGAAUCAUUUUGGGCUAAUCGAGAUCCAAAAUGUAGAUAAAAGAACCCUUUUCACUUAUGCUAAGGAGAGCGAUUCGUGUGAGUGGGACGAACAAGGAAAAGACUUUUUUGAACAGCGACAGUAUGAACAAGCUGUUUUUUGCUUUGAAAAGAGUGGAAAUGAAGAGAGGCAUAAAUUAGCCAAUGCAUAUUAUCUUCGGCAAAUUGCUAAGAAAUCUAUAAACGAUUCUAAUGAUGAUACUAUAAAGUCAAAUUUCAUUCAAGCAGCUAUAGCUUUUAAAGAGUGUCCUCGGCCAAGCGAGGCGGCUUCAUGUUAUCAGGAUGUUAGUAUGUACGAAGAGGCUGGUGAUGUUUUUUCCGAAUAUGAUAUGUUUGAAUCUGCUGCACACAAUUAUCUCAAGGCCAAUAAGUGGAACAAAGCGGGUGAUAAUUUUGAAAAGGCAAAGAAGUAUGAUGAUGCUGCACUCACCUAUAAAGAUGGUUGCCUUUAUAAAACUGCAGCUGAUUUUAUACUGAAACAAAAAAUUAACGAUAAGACGUUUGAGCAUGUUGCUUAUCAUGUCAAAGAACAUUAUCAUACUACCGCCAUUUCGUGUGGUGGAUAUGAAGAAGCUGUUGAAAUGUAUAUAAGAUUAAUUGAUAACGAAGAAGAUAUUAGCGAGACAUUAAAGUUCAUCUUGUAUGUAUGCAGAAUUGAUAUAUUAAGAGAAACAAUGUCACGUAUUACAAGUUCUAGUACCCUAAAAAAAUAUCUUAUAAAGUCGAAGGAGCUUAUCAUGAAGUAUAAAUUACAAUCGACGAGGAAAUUCGAGGAAUGGAACGAACUAAUAGAAGAGUAUAAUUUAUAUUCAGCUUAUUUAGAUAAGGAUGUUGAUAAAGUUCAUAAAUGUAUACUUUUUUUUAAGUAUCGUAAAAGAAUUGCUACUGAGUUUCAUGCAGUAAACAUAUGGCUACAAAUUCUUCCACAAUUAUCUGGUAUUCAGGCCAAGUAUCAGCAUCGUGAACGACUUCAAUAUCUUCUAUGGAUGUGUGAAUUGACCUUUUCUUUAAUUAAUAACGUCGACACUGAAAAUGAAUAUCAGAUAAAAAAGAAUUUUGAAGACAUUUUCUGUAUAAUAGGGGUGAAUGAUUCGAAAAAACGACAAAUUCCAUUUGCUAACCCACUCCUCGAUUUUGCAAGCAAAAUAAGCAAAAUUCACAAAACCAGAAUAGAUGACGCAGAAGAAGCCAUGAAUCAUCAUUAUAAGUUGAAUGAUGUAUACCAGAGAAUUUCACAAUGCCUUACCCUACGUAUUUUUGAGCUCAUCAAGAAUGCCGACCAAAGGGGUAGAGAUAUCCCAGAUAUAAGUUCUCAAAUUUGUCAUAUGUUAGCAUCCUGUCAGAAAUCAGAUUGCCGGAACCACCAUGUGAUACCAACACCAUCAAUUCUGUAUCAACGUCUGGAAUUUAUAUUUUUUCACUACACUGUAAUGAUGAAGUUCGAUGUUAAUGCACUGGAAGAUAAUCAUCUUAAAGAUAAGCAAAUUAUUAAAGAAGUUCGUAACUUACAAGAGUGGUGGGCUGAAAGACUGGUUAAAAUUCAUAUCCGCUAUAAAUCACCACAAAUAAGCUGCCCGGAGGCCACUUGCAUGAUUCUUGCUAAAUUUCCUGCAUACACACGAGAUAGAUUUAUUUAUUUUGCUCGCAAGACAUGGUUGAUUGAUUUUAAGUACAUUAAUAACUUUGAAGUUAUGUUGAAAUGCGUGUUCGUUUUUCAGCGGCUACAAGACAGGCAGAGCAUUAAUAAGAUCAGUUGGGAAAUGUCAAGAUUAAAAAUUCUUUCGCAUUCCAAAAAUUUACCUAUUGGAUUUGAGUACUAUAAAGGACAUCACAAAGCAAUACCGAUUGGAAAUCGACUCUCAUCAUUCUUCUUAUAUCUUUAUUUCAAUGAUGUGAUCAAUGCAAUUUCAAAUAUAAAAAUAUUUAUUCAAUAUGCUAUUAAUAACGUCCAAUCGGUUAAUCUUAUUACGUCUGAUGCUUUUGAUGAUCUUGUAUCUCUUAUAGAAUUUACCGUAUCUUUAAUUUUUACGAUUAAACCUGGAUAUUGGGACUUUUAUAUUCCUCGAGCUUAUCUGAUUAAUUAUUUUGAAGCAUUCAAUAUAGAGCCACUCAUUCCAGGCCAUCAACGUAAUUGUAACACAGUGGAUUAUCUAGUCAUGAUCAAAAAUUCUUUUGAACAAAUCCAACAGCUUCUUAACUUUCUUAUUUGUGAAGAAAUGGUUUACUUGUCAAUUAUUCUUCGCUUGAUACGUCUUUUGAUCCUUAUGAGUAUGAAUGAGCCAAAAUUUACUACAAAGGUUAUUAUUUUUUUCAAAUAUUUGAAUCGCAAGGUUUUUUCCGCAAAAGUUAAAAAAUACCUGGAACAGAAAUCUAUGGAACAGCUUAUUGAUGUUUUGUGUAAUGAUCUUGAGGAAACAAGUCUUGAUUCCCUGAUUAUUGUUCAUUAUCAUGUAGAAGACGCGAGGGUUUUGUCAAAAUUUUCUAAUUUAGAGAAAAAUGGUGUGAUGAAGCUUACAUAUAAAUCUAUUAAAGAAUUCCAUUCUGCUCUUCAGAAGAUUAAACCAUCAAUAAAUUUUCGGGAAAGAGAAAACUUCAAGAUUGGUUUCGCAGGAUAAAAACAAUUAGAAUAAUUCAAGCUUGGAACCAUCGACUAGAAGCUACCAAGAAAAUCC